GAGGUUCUCGGCGGCGAUGCCCGAAGAGCUGCUGGCCGCCAUGCUGGUGAGGCCGACGGCCGCGAUCUCGCUGCGAGGCGAGAUCGCGGGCGUGGCCAUGGUCUCGGACGCGCCCGAGUUCGGCGGCGACGGGCGCGCGCCGGUGGGCUUCCGAGCACAGGCGGAGGCCAGCCUCAGCGGCGCCCCGACGCUGGGCCAGCAGAUGCACCUGGGGGUUCCCUUGCUGCGGCUGCUCGCAGAGCUCUCAGGGCCCAGAGCGGUCGCCAACCUCCUCACCCUGCGGGCCGCGGGUUUGAGGACGCCCAUAGCGCUCUUUCUCAGCCUGUUCGACGCGAUGAGUGGUCAGCCGGUGGCCUUCUCGCGCUCGCCCGUGCGGGCCAGGGGCCGCAUCGCGGCGGAGGCGGACGCCAGGGCGCGCAGGGCGAUGCGCCUGCGUUGGCCAGAGGUGUUCGGCUGGGGCGACGUGACGCUCAUAGCGGGCGCUGUCGGGAACGAGCGGGGGCACGCCUACUGCGACGACCUGGGCAGGCUGGACGCGUCGGCCGCGGGCUUGCACGGCGCGAAGUCCGACUCGUUCUACGAGGUGGCCCGCUUGCUGGAGCUCCUCAGGGCGGGAUUCGGCCACGAGCAGAAGUGGCCCGUCGAGAACGUCGCGAGCAUCGCGGAGGGCAACGGGGCUGAGAUCAGCAGAACCCUCGGC